AUGCAUUAUGAAAUAUUUUAUGAUAUGAAACUGGCUGAUAACCAACAUCAGGAUCAUCAAGAUGAGGCGUUAACCUGCAAUGUUUGCGACAGGUCAUUCGCCUGUCCCAAGCAGUUGUCUUCACAUAAGCAAAAGAAAAGACACUUUGGAUGUUCGUCGUGCGAUAGUCUGUUUCCAUCACUAAUGGCACUGGAGCAUCACAAGGAAGAGUUUGAGCACUGGUCAGGAGACGAAGAAGAGGAAUUGUAUACAGAUUCAGAAGAAGACGAGACUCUUGCCACAGAAGAACGUGAACGGCUACUAUAAAGACUUGCAAAUUGUAAAACCCACGUUUUCAUAACGACUCUAGGGUAAAACAUGGCGUAAUUGUAUAAUUUAUUUUAAAUAUAACAUCUACCUAACUAGUUAUAAAAUUGUGUAGAAUAUUUUGUUUAUCCAAAAUUUAAUAAAAGCUCCAUAUUUUUUAUUAAUAUAUUUACACUUGAACAUAUCGUAGAAAUUUUCCAAUUGUUGUGUUAGGCAAGCCUAAUCGCACCAACUGUAAAUAUUUUGCAAAUAUAAA